AGAUGAAAAGAGAAAAGACCGCCAGCUGGACGAUGGAUCUUACUUUGGUCAAUGGGGACUUCAGCGACUCAGACCCCCCCACCGAGGAGAACGAUGCUGCAGGUGCCAGCCAGGUGGCAAGUGUGACCUACGAGAUAAAAAAGGAGCAGGAGGAAGAGGAAGAGGAGGAGGCUGAUGACGUCCCCAAGAAACCCCCAAAGGUCCCGGUGCGAGGCAACGCUGGCUGGGAGAACAGCCUGCGGCAGAAACCGGCCCCCCGGAUCGUCUUCCAGGCCGGCCCGGCCUCGCAGGAGAAGAAACUCAAAGACGACGUGGAAAGCAUCGAAGGUUUCAAGGAACGUCACAAAAUCAGGCACUCCAAAAGACUUUCUGGAUGUAUCCAGAUCAACUACUCCGAAGAGGAGAAUUCCAGACAGCAGGAGAACACCGAGGCCCCCAAUGGCUGUGACUACCGAACAGCCAGGAGGAUGGCAGAAUAUCAGGACGGGAAAGGAUUUGGAAUCGGGGAACUGGUCUGGGGCAAAAUCAAAGGUUUCUCAUGGUGGCCAGCCAUUGUGGUGUCGUGGAAGACCACCUCCAACCGCCAGGCGGCCCCCGGCAUGCGCUGGUUGAAAUGGUUUGGGGAUGGAAAGUUUUCGGAGAUCUCCGCUGACAAGCUGGUGGGGCUGGUAUAUUUCCAAGAACAUUUCAACCGCGCCACGUUUCAGAAGUUGGUGUCCUACCAGCAAUCCAUUCUCCAUGUUUUGGAGGUUGCAAGCAGCCGAGCUGGUAAAACUUUCCCCAGCGUGGCCGGGGAGUCUCUGGAGGAGAAGCUGAAGCCCAUGCUGGAUUGGGCCUACCAGGGGUUCAAACCCGCUGGAGAGAAGGGGCUAAGGCCCCCCAAGACUUUAGACGUUAAACCGUUUCCCACCAUCAUCAUAGAGGACUCGAGCCCCCCAGAUCCUGCGCCCCCACCCAAGCGGCCUAGGACCAAUGGUUCCAGCAGUACUAGCAGUACCAGCAGUAAGGAGGCGCCGGAGAACCGAUCCAGAGAACGGAUGGUUUCUGAAGCCAAAAAUAACAGGAAGACCUUAGAAGACAGCUGCCUGUCCUGUGGGAAGAAGAACACGGUGACUGACCACCCGCUGUUUGAAGGGGGACUCUGCAGCACGUGCCAGGACCGGUUUCUGGAACUUUUCUACAUGUAUGAUGAAGACGGGUACCAGACGUAUUGCACCAUCUGCUGCGAAGGAAGCGAGUUACUUCUCUGCGACAGCGCCAGCUGCUUCAGCUGCUUUUGCGUGGACUGUUUGAACACCUUGGUGGGACGGGGCACGGCGGAAGCCGCGCGGAAGGAAGAGCCGUGGAGCUGCUACAUGUGCCGGCCGCCACAGCGCUAUGGCGUUCUGCUCCGACGGCGGGAUUGGAACACACGCCUGAAGGACUUCUUCACCAGCGAGGAAGGGCAGGAAUAUGAGGCACCCAAAAUCUACCCUGCCAUCCCAGCUGCAAAACGGAAGGCCAUCCGAGUGUUAUCACUCUUCGACGGCAUCGCUACAGGCUACCUGGUUCUGCGGGAUCUGGGCAUCCAGGUGGAGAAAUACAUCGCUUCGGAGAUCUGCGAGGACUCCAUCUCGGUGGGCACUGUGCGUCAUGAAGGAAACAUCCGAUACGUGCAUGAUGUCCGGAACAUCACCAAGAGACACAUCGACAAAUGGGGUCCCUUCGAUUUGGUGAUUGGCGGAAGUCCCUGUAACGAUCUCUCCAUCGUAAACCCCGCCAGAAAAGGUUUGUAUGAAGGGACCGGCCGGCUCUUCUUCGAGUUCUACCACCUCCUGAAUUACACCCGUCCCAAAGUUGGAGAAGACCGGCCCUUCUUCUGGCUCUUCGAAAAUGUGGUCUCCAUGCGGGUCAACGACAAAAGGGACAUUUGCCGCUUCCUGGAGUGCAACCCGGUGAUGAUCGAUGCAGUUAAAGUAUCUGCUGCGCACAGAGCCAGAUAUUUUUGGGGCAACCUGCCAGGAAUGAACAGGCCCGUGGUGCCCUCCAAGGUAGACAAGCUGGAGCUUCAGGAUUGCCUGGAGUACAGUCGGAGGGCGAAGAUGAAGAAGAUCCGGACCAUCACGACGAAAAGCAACUCCAUCCGGCAGGGUAGGAGCAAGACGCUGCCCGUCUCCAUGAACGGGAAGGAUGACGAUUUAUGGUGCACCGAGUUGGAAAAGAUCUUUGGCUUCCCCCUCCACUACACCGACGUGUCCAACAUGGGUCGCCUGGCACGUCAGAAGCUGCUUGGGAGAUCCUGGAGCGUCCCCGUCAUCCGCCAUCUCUUUGCCCCCCUGAAGGAUUAUUUCUCCUGCGAUUAGGCCGUAGGGGGCCCUGCGGUCUCCCGGGUGGAAGGAGAAGAGCCGAGAGGCCCCCUCCCCGUGAAGGAGACCUUCUCCGCAGAAAAAAAUUCUUUCCAUCCACGACUUUCUUCCAAGUUCGCCAGACUUUUUGCGUUCCCGUUGUGCCAAAAAAACCCCAAACCAAAACACCGCAAAACCAACACAGAUUUUGGGGGAGCUGCAGAGAGGUAGCAUCCCCCCCCCCUCGUCGUGAGUGGAUGGGGAAACGGCGGCUCCUCGAACGAAGAGUCCUUUUCCCACCAGCCGCCAGCACCAAAGCGAAAACUUGAAAACGGGGAAACUGUAGGAUGCAAUUCCAAAGUGCCCCGUCCUUCUGUAGCAAUGAGCCAGUUUGACUUGGGUUUCUCUCCCGCUGUUCGCACUGGGGUGUGUGUGGGGAGAGAAAAUAGGAACAUUUUUUUUUCUUUUUCAACUUUUGUUUUAAAGAACGUAA